AUGUCAGCCUCGGUCCCACCAGGCCAUAACUGGACCCGACAGGUGAAGAAGGAGGAGGGGGAGGAGGAGGACCCACUGGACCAGCUGAUCACCCGCUCUGGCUGUGCUGCCUCCCACUUUGCCGUGCAAGAGUGUAUGGCCCAGCACCAGGACUGGCGUCAGUGCCAGCCGCAAGUGCAGGCUUUCCGAGAUUGCAUGAGUGCACAGCAGGCGAGACGGCGGGAGGAACUGCAGAGGAGGAAAGAACAAGCCAGUGCUCAACACUGAGACCUAAGCCAUCGUCCGCACAGGCCAGAGACCCUGGGAAGAAGAAACCCAAAGUAGAAGAAGUAUGCAACAGGAGGAAUAAAGUUUGGGGACAGUCUUUGGGAUUUAAAGCCAGACACCAGGAGUUUGCACAUGACGGUCGUCAUGAGCUGUUGACUCUAUUGUCAGAUCACAAAUAUUCUUCAUCUUUCUUGUUCUACCAAUAUUUGUAUUUAAAACUAAGGUGUGGGGCUGGAGAGAUGGCUCAGUGGUUAAGAG